AUGGCGGUAGCCGCGACUAAAGAUGUCAAUACUGAGUUAGCCUUCUGGAAACGGGUCCCAGACCAAAUGGUCGAGGUGGACUUUACCAAGGCCAGGCCGGAGGAGUGCAUGGCCGUCAUAAAGGGCCUAGAUGAGAAGCAUCCCGUGCAGAUACAGGAUAUCCGGGGACGGGAGGCCAAUUUCACCCUCGAACAAAAUGGGUUUCAGUAUGUGUGGCAUGACAUGCCCGAGAUCGACAACGCGGCCGAUCCCGACUGUAUCAAGUCCACCAUCAUUCCCCAGACGGAGGAGCUGGUUCGGCAACUGACUGGCGCGACCAGGACCGUCACGUUCACCCACCGAGUGCGAUGCUUUUCAGCUGACGAAGCCAUGCUGGCCGAUAACCGAGCGCCUGCACACAGUGUGCAUUCCGAUUUCACGGCGGUCGGGGCCCUGCGCUUCUUGGAGUCAGUUAUGACAGGUGCGGAGGCGGACCGUCUACUGACGAAUGGCCGCGUUCUAGCCAUCAACGUCUGGCGACCCCUGAAGACCAUCCAGCGCGACCCCCUGGCCGUGUGCGACUGGGCCACGGUGGACUGGCAGCAGGACCGAAUCGCCAAUCGGCUGGUCCUGCCCGGUGGAUGGAAUGAGCUGGGCAAGUACGCGUUCCACCCAGGGCAGCAGUGGUACUACCUGGGUGGGCAGCAGCCGCAGGAGGCGUUGAUCUUCACACAAUUCGACAGCCAGGCGAUCUCAGCAGGCGGCAAGACAGUGCCACACACGGCGUUCAUGCAUCCGGAUUCGGUGGAUGGUCCUGCAAGGGAGAGCAUCGAGAUCAAGAUGUUUGCCUUUCUGUGA